UAGUACAUUUAAUCCUGAAGGUAAAGUUUAUGGCCCGACCGCAGGGAGGGCCAUAAUUUACCUGAAGGAUUAAAUGUACUUCAGUCGCAAGGUAUAUACGAUACUUUUCGUACUUCCGGUAUGAUUUUAUUAAUUAUUUCAAUAAUUUCAAUCAGUUUUUUCUCUCUUCAACUCAUUUAAUAAACUGUCUUUAAAAUAAGUUACCAUAGUAACAUUGCGUUGUGACAGUUAUAAUUUAGAAACAUUGUCAUUACUAGUGUCAUUGUAAAGAAACAUUGUUAUUGAUAAUUAUUGGUAUCAUGAGUGAAGAAGGUGUAUCUGAUAUUGAUAAAAGAGCAGCCGAAGUAGGUGAAGAAUUGUUACCACCGAAAUCUAGAAAACUAUACGAGCAGCAGUACGAUGCUUUUAAAAAGUGGUGCCGCUUAAAAAAUGUGAGACAACCUACUGAAAAUGCGCUGUUAGUCUACUUCGAUGAUAAAUCAAAAGCGGUUUGUGCCUCAACUCUCUGGGCACAUUACUCAAUGCUGAAAUCGGUUAUUAACAUUAGAGAAGAUAUUGAUAUAAGUAAAUUUCCAAAAUUAUUAGCUUUUUUGAAGAGAAGAAAUGAGGGAUUUAAGCCAAAGAAGUCAAGAAUUCUCACGUCUGAGCAGGUAGAUCAGUUCUUACGGGAGGCUCCGGAUGAUAAAUAUUUAAUGCUUAAGGUUGCACUUAUUUUGGGCGUUGCGGGAGCUUGUCGUGGAAAAGAGUUGGUUGAUUUAGAAAUCGACGAUGUGAGAGAUUUGGGCGAUUCCUUCCUAAUUGCGAUUAGAAACACCAAAAAUAAAAUUGACCGAAAUUUUGUGAUCAAAAAUUCAGAAAACAGUGCCAUCAUUAAUUUGAAUAUUAACGUUAAUUACCAUUCUAAUUAAUUAUAUUUUUCAAUAAAAUAUCCCUUAAA